CGUGGGCAGCAGACUGGGCCUUGGCCUGGCCCUGGCUGUCCUCUCCAUGGAGCACCUGUCUGUGCAGGUUACUCAGCUCCACCUUAUCAUAGUCCAGAAGACCCACACGCCCUGGGGUAAUAAAGGGAUGGACCCAUGUUAUAACAGUGUACACACACAUAAGUAUUGCAUAUCCCUAAAGGUUCACAGGUCUGUUACAUGUAUUAGGCCUACCUAAUAAUUUGUGAAGUUAUGCCAUCCUCAAAUGCUUUGUUGAUUUGUAUUGAUUCAAGGGACUUGUACAUCUAUUUCAAAUCAAAUCAAAUCAAAUUUUAUUGGUCACAUGCGCCGAAUACAACAGGUGCAGACAUUACAGUGAAAUGCUUACUUACAGCCCUUAACCAACAGUGCAUUUAUUUUAAACAAAAAAAGUAAGAAUAAAACAACAACAAAAAAAGUGUUGAGAAAAAAAGAGCAGAAGUAAAAAUAAAGUGACAGUAGGGAGGCUAUAUAUACAAUAGAAUAAAGUGACAGUAGGGAGGCUAUAUAUACAGGGGGGUACCGUUGCAUAGUCAAUGUGCGGGGGCACCGGCUAGUUGAGGUAGUUGAGGUAAUAUGUACAUGUGGGUAGAGUUAAAGUGACUAUGCAUAAAUACUUAACAGAGUAGCAGCAGCGUAAAAAGUAUGGGGUGGGGGGGCAGUGCAAAUAGUCCGGGUAGCCAUGAUUAGCUGUUCAGGAGUCUUAUGGCUUGGGGGUAGAAGCUGUUGAGAAGUCUUUUGGACCUAGACUUGGCACUCCGGUACCGCUUGCCGUGCGGUAGCAGAGAGAACAGUCUAUGACUAGGGUGACUGGAGUCUUUGACAAUUUUGAGGGCCUUCCUCUGACACCGCCUGGUAUAGAGGUCCUGGAUGGCAGGGAGCUUUGCCCCUGUGAUGUACUGGGCCGUACGCACUACCCUCUGUAGUGCCUUGCGGUCAGAGGCCAAGCAGUUGCCAUACCAGGCGGUGAUGCAACCAGUCAGGAUGCUCUCGAUGGUGCAGCUGUAGAAUUUUUUGAGGAUCUGAGGACCCAUGCCAAAUCUUUUUAGUCUCCUGAGGGGGAAUAGGCUUUGUCGUGCCCUCUUCACGACUGUCUUGGUGUGUUUGGACCAUGAUAGUUCGUUGGUGAUGUGGACACCAAGGAACUUGAAGCUCUCAACCUGUUCCACUACAGCCCCGUCGAUGAGAAUGGGGGCGUGCUCAGUCCUCUUUUUUUUCCUGUAGUCCACAAUCAUCUCCUUUGUCUUGGUCACGUUGAGGGAGAGGUUGUUGUCCUGGCACCACACGGCCAGAUCUCUGACCUCCUCCCUAUAGGCUGUCUCAUCGUUGUCGGUGAUCAGGCCUACCACUGUUGUGUCGUCGGCAAACUUAAUGAUGGUGUUGGAGUCGUGCCUGGCCAUGCAGUCAUGGGUGAACAGAGAGUACAGGAGGGGACUGAGCACGCACCCCUGAGGGGCCCCCGUGUUGAGGAUCAGUGUGGCAGAUGUGUUGUUACCUACCCUUACCACCUGGGGGCGGCCCGUCAGGAAGUCCAGGAUCCAGUUGCAGAGGGAGGUGUUUAGUCCCAGGAUCCUUAGCUUAGUGAUGAGCUUUGAGGGCACUAUGGUGUUGAAUGCUGAGCUGUAGUCAAUGAAUAGCAUUCUCACGUAGGUGUUCCUCUUGUCCAGGUGGGAAAGGGCAGUGUGGAGUGCGAUAGAGAUUGCAUCAUCUGUGGAUCUGUUGGGGCGGUAUGCAAAUUGGAGUGGGUCUAGGGUUUCUGGGAUUAUGCUGUUGAUGUGAGCCAUGACCAGUCUUUCAAAGCACUUCAUGGCUAUAGACGUCAGUGCCACGGGUCGGUAGUCAUUUAGGCAGGUUAUCUUAGAGUUCUUGGGCACGGGGACUAUGGUGGUCUGCUUGAAACAUGUUGGUAUUACAGACUCAGUCAGGGACAUGUUGAAAAUGUCAGUGAAGACACUUGCCAGUUGGUCAGCACAUGCUCGGAGUACACGUCCUGGUAAUCCGUCUGGCCCUGCGGCCUUGUGAAUGUUGACCUGCUUAAAAGUCUUACUCACAUCGGCUACGGAGAGCGUGAUCACAUAGUCGUCCGGAACAGCUGGUGCUCUCAUGCAUGCUUCAGUGUUGCUUGCCUCGAAGCGAGCAUAGAAGUGGUUUAGCUCGUCUGGUAGGCUUGUGUCACUGGGCAGCUCGCGGCUGUGCUUCCCUUUGUAGUCUGUAAUAGUUUUCAAGCCCUGCCACAUCCGACGAGCGUCAGAGCCAGUGUAGUAUGAUUCAAUCUUAGACCUGUAUUGACUCUUUGCCUGUUUGAUGGUUCGUCGGAGGUCAUAGCGGGAUUUCUUAUAAGCGUCCGGGUUAGAGUCCCGUUCCUUGAAAGCGGCAGCUCUACCCUUUAGCUCAGUGCGGAUGUUUCCUGUAAUCCAUGGCUUCUGGUUGGGGUAUGUACGUACGGUCACUGUGGGGACGACAUCAUCGAUGCACUUAUUGAUGAAGCCAGUGACUGAUGUGGUGUACUCCUCAAUGUUGUCUGAAGAAUCCCGGAACAUGUUCCAGUCUGUGCUAGCAAAACAGUCCUGUAGCUUAGCAUCUGCGUCAUCUGACCACUUUUUUAUUAGCCGAAUCACUGGUGCUUCCUGCUUCAGUUUUUGCUUAUAAGCAGGAAUCAGGAGGAUAGAGUUAUGGUCAGAUUUGCCAAAUGGAGGGCGAGGGAGAGCUUUGUAUGCGUCUCUGUGUGUGGAGUAAAGGUGGUCUAGAGUUUUUUCCCCUCUGGUUGCACAUUUAACAUGCUGGUAGAAAUUAGGUAGAACGGAUUUAACGGAUUUAAGUUUGGAUGUACAGCAUAUGAAUCCUUGACCAUUACGGAGGGUAUAACUUACUGAAAUUCUCUUUCCCCACAUUUUUACCUACCGAUUCCUGCUGCAGCUAGAUACUGUGCCAGGGGACAGCCUAGUCCUCCACACCCCACAACCAGCACUGACGUCUGGGAGAAGUUUAGCUGACCUGCAGAGAUCAAAGGAUGUGUUCAAUAAUGUGUUUUUCAAUAGUGUUUGACUCAAUCAGAGAUUGGGUGAAAGCUGUCAUUAUUACCUUGAACACCCAACUCUGGCAGUAGAAGCUGUCUGCUGUAGCGCAUGAUGUCUUCAUUGGACAGGGCUGCCUUGAGUUUCAGAGGUGGAAGUGUUGACACUUUCUCCUGCAGCUGCAGAUCUGUCAAACUGCUCUGAUUUCAGUGGAGAAAGGGUGGUGGUUCAGAAUACGUUAAAGUUGUUGUUAUUUUAGACAAUAACCAAAUAUAACAUGUCAAGGGACAGAAAGUCAAUUGAUUUGUAGGCUAGUUAGUCUCGCGAGGCUAUCCUUCCAAAUCUCGUCUUGUUGACUCAAACUAAAUAUUAAGUUUUUACAUUUUAGUCAUUUAGCAGACGCUCUUAUCCAGAGCGAUUUACAGGAGCAAUUAUGGUUAAGUGCCUUGCUCAAGGGCACAUCGACAGAUUUUUCACCUAGUCGGCUCGGGGAUUAGAACCAGCGACCUUUCGGCGACCAAAGCGCUUAACCACUAAGCUACCUGCCGCCCCGGCAACAAAUAUGUCUUACACGCUGCUCAAACCAAAGCAUCUUUGCUCAAACUCUGAAUCAUAUAGCUACAUUAUGACUUGCUCUGCUGCUAAAUAGCCACUGCAAGCACUAGGUUACAGCUACCUACUGGUAUUCAAUGUAAAAGCUAAAGAGAGACAUAGGCCUACCUUUUCUAAUUGUGCCAGUUUAUUCUUCAAUGCAACUAUCUCUUUUUCUUUUUCCAUAAGCCGUCCCUUCAAGCAGGAAAUCUCUUCCGCCAUUGCUGCAAUGCGAUAGAAAACUGUCACAAAGUUAUCCAAAUGAUGUCACAAUGUUGCUGGCUGUUACUGUUUCAGCGGUGUUUGUUGUCAUUUGUAGCACUCGGUACUUCCUGGUCUACAGAAGAGACCCACGUGGAAUGAGACCACGUGCCAGUUGGGGGUGCGUUCCAGCGUCACGUUGAAUCGAGCGGGUCGAUCAAGGCACUGCAUGCGCUGCUGUCACUGCGCAGUUUAGUUCCCACAGUUUGAUUACUUUACUAGUAGGUCUAUAGGCCGCUAAGGUCAUUGAAAAAUGUAACGCUGAAUGGAGAGAGAAUAAAGACCAGGCUCUGUUCAUAUUGAUGUUGACCUUUCAGUCUGAAGUCCCAGAGAAUCCACACCAGAAUCAGAAUCAUCACCACAUGCCAAUUAUACCCUGAAACAAUAGAGAGCUACUGAUCUACAGAGCAUAGUGUAGGCUACAGGGGAAGGGUGUUGUUAUGCUCUCAUUCACCAUCUUUUUUUUCUUUCUACCACUCACUGUCCUGGCGCUAAGUCCCAGUUACCAGGACAACAGAUGAUCACUGCAGAAGAGGCAGCUGAACUAUGAGACCAAACGAAAACGAUCUGGGUCGGUGGAAUACGAUCAAUACCUUAUUUGAUGUCCGUGUGUGUCUUUCCAGAAUGAUAUUCAAGCUUAGUUUGUUAUAGACAGAUUCAGGACCUAUUUGCUUUCUCCUUUAUAAUCUCCUAUAUUUACAUUGUAAUCAUUAACAGUAGUGAGUGUAUACAUUCUCUUUUUCAUACUGGUCCCCCGUAGGAAUCAAACUCAUAACCCUUGUGUUGCAAGCGCCAUGCUCUAUCAACUGAGCCACAAAGGACCAACUGUAAUCUUUGAUUUGACGAUUGGGUAACCCUGUCAGAUAAUGUGUAGCUUGUCUUGAUGGUGCACAUUAGCCAGAGACAAUAUACAGAUGAUCAUAUAGCAAGGUGUUGUAAACAAGAGACAUCAAAGUAACACACUGUAGCAAAUCAUAAUGGCCAAUUGCACAAUUGGCCCAGCGUUGGCCGGUGUAGUCUGUCAUUGUAAAUAAGAAUUUGUUCUUAACUGACUUGCCUAGUAAAAUGUUAAUGUAUCACUAGAGGAGUUUUCUACUUUGUAGGUCUGCACGUUGCAACUGUAGCACAAUGUUCUUUCAAAGUUUCUAAACUGUAUAUUUCCUUCUACACACUGUAGAUCAGGGUUCUUCAAUUCCGGUCCUGGAGGGCCGAAACACCUCUAUUUUUCAUCCUCUCCUUCUAAUCAGGGGCUAAUUCAGACCUGGGACACCAGGUGAGUGCAAUUAACUACCAGGUAGAAAUGAAAAACAGAAGUGUUUCGGCCCUCCAGGACCGGAAUUGAAGAACCCUGCUGUAGAUAUUGGAACAAGAUGGUAGUGAUUAGCAAUGGUAUUAGUUUCCCUGCAUGGAUGUCUUUGCUCAUAGCUUUGUGAGAGGUUGAAGCCUAGCGUAGCGGUUAAGAGCGUUGGACCAGUAACCAAAAGGUUGCUGGUUUGAAUCUUAGAGCCAAAACAUCUGUCGAUGUGCCCUUAAGCAAGGCACUUAACCUAAUUGCUCCUGUAAGUAGCUAUGGAUAAGAGCAUCUACUAAAAUGUUAAAAUGUUAAACUAAUCUACCUCCUUGGUUGAACUAACUGUGAUUAAUGAGGACAUGUAUUGCAUCUGUGAUGCCUUUUUUCAACCCACAGGCUGAUCCUCAUGGAUAUCAGAGAAGCUGCCCUGAUUCUGAUUCUCUUGUCUUAUCUUGUCCCUCUCGUCUCCUCUCGUCUUUUCUGUCCAGAUUGGCCACAAGCCCAGCACCCUCAGCUCAAGUGACAUCACCAGGGUCUUGUCACACACAGACUUGAACCAGAUGUGGCAGAGGGACCUCAGGCCUCUGCUAGUGUCACGGUACCCCAUCUCUGCAGGUAGCCUGGCAGUGCAACAGGUCGGUAUCCCCAUGGCUGAGGGCAUGAACAAUCGACUGUGUGUGGUCUACUUAUAACGUCAUAGAGAUGAUUAGGCUAGUCAAUCGAUGUAGGAGAGGGGUUUUAGUCAGUUCUUCUCAGUCAAUUUCCAGGAUGACGUCCGAUAAGUGUUUCCCAAUGUGUUUCCCAAUGCUUUGUCUAUUUAAUUGUGAAACAUGUGUCUCCCACUAGCACAUCUAGAGCACCCUGGGUCCCCUAGGGCAGGCUGGGAUGUUAAGGAGGACACGUUUGAGUCACACACCCCUUACGGUCCCAUGACCUUCAACAACAUCAUCGCAACUCUCAACCCCUCCGCCAAGCGCCGUCUGGUGCUGGCGUGCCACUAUGACUCCAAGUACUACCCUCCCCAGUGGCAUGGGCGUGAGUUCCUGGGUGCCACGGACUCAGCGGUGCCCUGUGCCAUGAUGCUGGAGCUGGUACAGGCUCUGGACCACGAGUUGAAGACUCUAAAGAUGGGGAAAGGUUGAGAAUGUUCUUAUGUGUCCACUUUAGUCUGUAGAAUCAUUUAUAGAAUGCAGAAUAGUUUGCUGAGCAAUAUUAAAUCAGAAAAGUUAGGAGAACCCACUCAAAGUUUUUACACAGCUGUAGCCAAGAUCAACAAAGAAUUGCAGGAUGUUGAGAAAUGAAAAGAGAUCAAAUCAAAUCAAAUCAAAUUGUAUUUGCCACAUGCGCCGAAUACAACAGAUGUAGACAUUACCGUGAAAUGCUUACUUACAGCCCUUAACCAACAAUGCAUUUAUUUUUUAAUAAAAAAGUAAAAUAAAACAACAACAACUCUGUAGCGCAAUUGGUAGAGCAUGGCGCUUGUAACGCCAGGGUAGUGGGUUCGAUCCCCGGGACCACCCAUACGUAAAAAUGUAUGUGCACAUGACUGAAACUCGUUUUGGAUAAAAGCGUCUGCUAAAUGGCAUAUUAUUAUUAUUAUUAUUAAAAAGUGUUGAGAAAAAAAGAGCAGAAGUAAAAUAAAAUGACAGUAGGGAGGCUAUAUACAGGGGGGGUACUGGUGCAGAGUCAAUGUGCGGGGGCACCGGCUAGUUGAGGUAGUUGAGGUAAUAUGUACAUGUGGGUAGAGUUAAAGUGACUAUGCGUAAAUAAUUAACAGAGUAGCAGCAGCGUAAAAAUAUAGGGUGGGGGGGCAGUGCAAGUAGUCCGGGUAGCCGUGAUUAGCUGUUCAGGAGUCUUAUGGCUUGGGGGUAGAAGCUGUUGAGAAGCCUUUUGGACCUAGACUUGGCGCUCCGGUACCGCUUGCCAUGCGGUAGCAGAGAGAACAGUCUAUGACUAGGGUGGCUGGAGUCUUUGACAAUUUUGAGGGCCUUCCUCUGACACCGCCUGGUAUAGAGGUCCUGGAUGGCAGGAAGCUUGGCCCCAGUGAUGUACUGGGCCGUACGCACUACCCUCUGAUGGAAUUCACUUAGCAGUCAGAGAGCCUCCUCACAUUGCUGUCUCUGCUGCCCUUCUCCAUGGGUCAGCUGACCUCAGUCUGAGGGGGUGGGUCCUGAGUGACAGGGGCUGCCAUAGGGCUGGGCCAGGGGACAUGUUUAUCUGACUGUGCAGACAGUGACAAAGGCCACCAUGAAUAAUGAUUUCUUCAUAGCAGUGUUUUGUUUAAACCAAUAGGUGGCAGCAAAGUAGUUCCCAAAGUACUGUGUGCAGUGACCAAUAAACAUCUCUUUCACUUUCUGCCCCCCCCCCCCCCUUUUGUCUUUCUCUCUGUCUCACUCUCUCUCUCUCAUUCUCUCUCAGGGAUCCAAUCCCAACCUUUCUCUCCAGCUGUUGUUCUUUGAUGGUGAGGAGGCUCUGUUCCAGUGGACCUCUACAGAUUCC